CGCUAUAUCCCCUCCCCCUCGUGCUCGAUGCGGACUGUACUGGCGGAGUUUAGCUUUGGAGGGACAGUUAUCGUGACCACGAUAUCGGGAUCAAAUUUGUGGCGUAACUUUAGAGACUGGCAACAGCAAUGUCGAAAGGUGAAGCAGAGGAGCUGAUAGAAAUAGAAAUCGAUGGGCGGGAAAAACAGGAGUGUAUGGAGGAAGGGGUAGAGGAGCAGACCAUCACAACUGCCGAGUUUGUGACACAAGCCAUCGACAUCAAUGAGCCAAUUGGCAACCUUAAGAAGCUUCUGGAGCCUCGUCUCCAGUGUUCAUUAGAUGGACAUGAGAUUUGUCUGCAGGACAUCCAGCUUGACCCUGAUCAGAGCCUCUUUGAUCAAGGAGUGAAAACCGAUGGCACUGUCCAGCUCAGUGUGCAGGUCAUCUCAAGGCAAGGGGUUGAGCCUAAGCUGAACAUCCUGGAAAUUGUGAAGCCUGUGGAAACAGUGGAGGUAGUGAUUGACCCUGAUGCUACUGUGGGGGAGGAGGGCCAGCUGGUGGAGGAAGGCCAGGUCAUUACUCUGGAUCGCUCCGGAAUCACUGAUGACACUUCGGAGCAGGUUACUCGCUGGGCCGCAGCUUUGGAGGGGUACAGGAAGGAGCAAGUCCGACUGGGCAUCCCUUACGACCCAGUACAGUGGAGCGCAGACCAGGUCAUCCACUGGGCCUUGUGGGUAAUGAAAGAAUUCAGCAUGGUGGAUGUGGAUGUGGCUGGGAUCCAUAUUCCUGGGCGGGAACUGUGCUCUUUCUCUCAGGAAGAGUUUCUGCAGAGGGUCCCCCAUGGAGAGAUCCUGUGGAGCCAUUUAGAACUCCUCCGCAAGUAUGUGCUGGCCAGUCAGGAACAGUCGGGGCAGAUUGCUACAGUGACCAUCGACCAGCCGGUACAGAUCAUCCCAGCAUCUGUGCAGCAAGCACCUCCUGGUACCAUCAAAGUCCUUACAACCAAACAGGGCAAAGUGCAGCGAUCCCCUCGUAUCUCUGGGGGAGAAGACCGCAGCUCCCCAGGGAACCGCACAGGGAACAAUGGACAGAUUCAGCUGUGGCAGUUCCUCUUGGAGUUGCUGACUGACAAGGAUGCGCGGGACUGCAUCUCCUGGGUGGGCGAUGAUGGCGAGUUCAAGCUCAACCAACCAGAGCUGGUGGCCCACAAGUGGGGCCAGCGCAAAAACAAGCCCACAAUGAACUAUGAAAAGCUCAGUCGUGCACUCAGGUAUUACUACGAUGGGGAUAUGAUAUGCAAGGUGCAGGGAAAGCGCUUUGUGUACAAGUUUGUGUGUGAUCUGAAGACCCUGAUCGGCUACAGCGCAGCUGAGCUGAAUCACCUGGUGACUGAGUGCGAGCAGAAGAAACUGGCCAGGAUGCAGCUCCACGGGCUGGCCCAGCCAGUCACCACGGUGACGCUCGCCACCACUGCCUUGGACAAGGACAGCUGAAAUGGAAAAGGUUUUGCAGAUGGGGAAAAGGGUGCAAGGGAAAUUGGGAGGGACAGGCAGGUUUGGGGAAGUGGCUAUUCUUUUUGCACCUUUAACCCCCCCAGGCUCAAUGUGACCCAUCUGGACUGUGAUUGAAAAGUGAGUCUAAUUGCAAAGAGAAAAAGCUAGUCUGCAAAACCUUAAAGCUUGUGACCUGUGCUGAGGAAGGGUGCCAGGGGAAGUUGAUUGUGUGUGUCGUGUGCCUGCAAGAUGACGGAUAUCCUCUGGACAUCGAAUGUCAUGUCUCUGGGGGAGGCUUAGCAAGUCACCUUGAUUUAUCUACCAGGUGCUGAAGGUAGAGUGAUAGUGGCCGAUUGUGUGCGUCUCAGCGGUCUUGCUCAUGUCCAGAUGUGUGCAUGGACCCCUGCGCCCAGGGUGAGUGUCACUUGUACUCAGGUUAGAAGGGAGGGACACCCGCUUCAUCAUUUCCAUUGUAUAUACUCCAUAUUUUUGAUAGCCACCAGGGCAACAGUGUAUUCUCAGUUUGUAAGAGUUCUUUUCUUUUAGCAUCUGUUUUCCUCUAGCUGUGGACCUUUCCUGUCCACCUGGGGGCAAUAAAGAGGCAUGGUUUUCUUACCUCUCUCAUCGUUUGUUCUGCCUGCACUGCAUUGCAGCAUGACCCUACAGCCUAGAGAAAGGGCCUAGACACACAGAUGCAAACAAAUAUCCAGCUGCCUGGCUAAUAAUGCUGUCCCGUUGGCACUGUUGUGUAGAGGGUGAAAACAGAUAAAAUUAAGAGCUGUGAAACACACCAGUCAGUGAUGGGGAUGCUGAAGAAUUCAGUUUACUGCUGUAUUGUGGUACACCCAACACCAAGGCCAUGUUUUGUCUUUUAAACUUUAUUUAUGUAAUACAGUGUAGAAAGCUUUCCCAGUCAAAGCAAAAUGGUUUGUACAUUUGCACAAAAAGUCACAUAAAGGAAAAACCUUGGUGUGCGCUGCCCCCGCUAGCAUUCAGAAUAAUGUCUCCAAACCAAACACCACCACAAUAUGCCCUAGUCAUUUCUCAAGCGUGAGUCAACACCCAGCAUGAAACCCGACAGCUCUCCAGAACGGUAUGAAACACACUUUUACUAACAUUGUCUAAGAACACCUCACCUACUUUUGCACUGUACUGUAGGCUGGGAUAAAAUGCCACAAAAUACAUAUAACCUACGUAUACAAGUCUCAUACAGAAAUACAUAAUGAGGUGAAAACCUCGUAACAAUCACCUUCACCUGAGGUUAUUUCAAUUUACGUGUGGGAAUAAAAUGUUUAAGACAUUUACUUUGUCACGGCCAAUUCGUUUCUGGAAAAACUAACAUGUCUUUAAAUGUCAUUUCUUUUUGCUGUUAGGACUUGUUUUGCAUCACUCUGCACUUUUACAGGUUUAAUAACCAGUAUAAAAAUCAGGAAAA